AUGCUCUCCACUGCACGGAUAUCCAGAGCGAGGUCACUCCAAGGGGCUUUCAGCUCCAGGAGGUACACGUCCGGAACCCAUUCCCAGCUGUCGGUGCCAAAGCUGGGCACUGUCGAACUCCCAACGGGCUUGUUCAUCAACAAUGAGUGGGUCACUGCCUCUGGCGGCGACACCGUCCCCACUGUCAACCCCGCCACUGGAGCUACCAUCGCCAACGUUGCGCAUGCCAGCCAAGCCGACGUCGACAAGGCCGUUGCUGCAGCGAGGUCGGCGUUCAAGACGACGUGGGGCACCAACGUUCCGGGCACAGAACGCGCCAAAGUGUUGAGCAACCUCGCCGAUCUGAUGGAGCGUGACGCCAAUAAGAUUGCCGCUAUUGAGAGGCACGGUGUCCGUAUCGCUCGUGAAUCAGAUGUCGUGGACUCUAUCGCGUGCUUGCGAUACUAUGCAGGUAUGGCCGACAAGGUGCACGGCCAGACGAUCGAUACGCUUGGCAAGGACAGGUUCAUCUACACUUUGCACCAGCCAAUCGGUGUCUGUGGUCAGAUCAUUCCAUGGAACUAUCCUCUCUCCAUGUGGAGCUGGAAAGUCGGCCCAGCUAUUGCUGCGGGCUGCACCAUUGUCAUGAAGCCUUCAGAGCUCACACCCUUGACGGCUCUCAUGAUGUGUGACCUUGCCAAGGAGGCAGGGUUCCCUGCCGGCGUCCUCAACACAGUUCCCGGUCUGGGUUCAACGACUGGAGAUGCUAUUGCUCGCCACAUGGACAUUGACAAGUGGCCAUCCCCUUCUUCCACCCCAGGCCGCCGACGCAUCUCCGUCGCCGCCGCCGAAUCCAACCUCAAGAAGGUCACUCUCGAGCUGGGCGGCAAGUCACCACUUAUCGUGUUCCCCAGCGCCGACGUCGACGAUGCGGCGACAUGGACGGCCAACGGCAUUUGGUACAACAUGGGACAGGACUGCUGUGCGAGUUCACGAGUAUACGUCCACGAGUCCAAAUAUGACGCCUACCUUUCCGCUCUCCAGAGCCGUGCCGCAGCUGCGGCCCUCGGCCCACCCUCGGACGAGGCUACGUCCUUUGGACCCCUCAUCUCCGGCGCACAGCGCGACAAAGUCUUGGGUUACAUUGCGUCUGGUGUCAGCGAAGGUGCUCGUGUCGUUGCGGGAGGCAAACCGUGGGGCACUGAGGGCUUUUGGGUCGAACCGACCAUUCUAGCUGACACGACACCUGCCAUGCGUGUCGUGAAGGAGGAGAUCUUUGGCCCUGUUGUCUGUGUCCAAAAGUUUAGAUCGGAGGAGGAAGUGCUCGAGGCCGCCAACGCGACAGAGUACGGCCUUGCCGCGGCAGUGUUCACCAACGACGCCAGGCAAGCGACGCGUGUGGCACACGCCCUCGACGCAGGGACAGUGUGGGUCAACCAGUACGGCCUCGUCCCGCCUCAAGCACCGUUUGGUGGGUUCAAGCAGUCGGGCAUUGGACGCGAGCUUGGUUCGUAUGGCCUCGACGCGUAUACCCAGGUAAAAGCUGUACACAUGAACAUCGGCAUGACUGCGAGCUGGCCAGCGUAA